UAGAGACACUCUGUGCUUGAAACAAAAGACAGGAUGGGCACAAAUGGAAUGCCUUUGAUUAUAGUUAUGCUUGGUCAAAGUUGAUUGCGGGGCAGCGGUGGGGAGCUACACAACAACAACAACAACCACAAGGAAGGAAUCAAUUAUUUGCCACAUUAGAUAACUCGGUUCACUUUCAAAACACUAUCUUAAUAAACCCUGAAACAGCUCCGGCUGCCGCUGCUGCUACCACUGCUGCUGCUGAUCUUCUUUCUCCUCUGCCUUCUUUUCAUUUUAUACCCCCUCCUUCUUACAUCUUUCUCUCUGUCUCUCCGCCCCCACUCUCUCUCUCUCUCUCGCUCGCUCGCUUACCCCCCUCUCUACCUUUCUCCCCGCCUUUAACAUACCUUUCAAGUUUACAGGUGUUACUCUCAGGUUUCACUUCGGUUUAUUUUCGACGCAAAUAGAAAAAAAAAUAUAGUUUAAAUUUAAGUAAUUUUUCUUCGCCCCAAACCAAUUCGAAUAAUGCUUUGGAAUUAACCGGGAAUCGAUGAGACAAUCACUCGUUCAUUUUUGAUCGGAAAGUUUUAGUUCGGGAAAUAUCAGGAAAAUACAGUGGAUAACAAAAUACUACAAGGAAUUCCUCCCAAGUUUUAAAAUGUUACAAAUUGAUGCUAAUAAAUACUGUCUGGAUCCGUUGCCAUUCUGAUAAUGAGCAGUUUCAUAAUGAUGGUGAGGCACCAAUUGAUGCUAGUUGUAGUUCUCUUCGUACUCCUCCAUGGACAAGUGUUGGCCAUCAUCCUAUCUACUGACACCUUUUCGCAUCACCUACCGCCGGCGUCGACAUCACCGUUAUCAUCAACUCGACCAUUAUCAGUGUCAUCUUCAUCAUCUUCAUCAUCGUCCACAUCAUCAUCGUCGUCGGUGUCAUCAUCAUCAUCAACAUCAUCAUCAUCGUCGUCGUCGUCAUCCUCAUCCUCUUUAAAAGUGACAGCAACCAAAAAAGAUAAUUUUCCACAGACCCACGAUGAUUUGUUUAAAGCUUUUGAAGCGAAUUUGCUUCAGAUAUUUGGACUCAAGAAUCGACCCAAACUGAAUGAGAAGACAUUUGUUCCCCAAUACAUGUGGGAUUUAUACGAUAGCCAUAAACAGAAGAAGGAUCCUUCAGCUCCCACCAGUGGACGAGGUUAUUUACCAGCCAACACUGUUCGCAGUUUCUACCACAUCGACCCUCACUUCAUGGACUGCACAGAAGAAAAUGCCAGUACCAUUAUGUUCAACAUUUCUAAUAUGAUGGAAGAAGAGAUUUUAACAGCAGCUGAUUUAAGGAUCUUCUGGGAUCCUAAAUUUUAUGAAUAUAACUACAGAGGAGCUGCUAGCUCAAGUGACAUUUCUAUUGAUAAUUCAUAUGAUAGUAAUUAUAACAUUACUAGAGACAAUAAUAAUAAAAAUAUGUUUAAAAAACUGAAAUAUUUUCCUAUUCGUAUAGAGGUCCACGAAGUUAUAAGUCCACCCCGAUGGGGAAGUUCCAGUGAAUGCAUUACACGGCUUAUUGACACUAAGGUUAUUCACAGCAACAGUAAUACAUCAACAUGGGUUGUUUUUGAUGUACACCCAGCUGUUCUGAAAUGGAAACAAACGCCACAUUUAAACCAUGGUUUGCACAUUCGACUAUCUACAGCAACAAAAAACCCAGUUUCUGUUCAACCACAUCAACAUAUACGAUUAAAGAGAACAGCGGACAUUGAACAAAAUGAAUGGCAAAAUUCUCGCCCUUUACUUAUCACUUACACUGACGAUGGAAAAGGUGUACCCCUCAAACGUUCUCGAAGAAGUGCAAGACACAGAAGGGAACGAGGAAAAAAAAAACGACGGCGUUCAAAAAAAGUUCAGCGACACCGAAAAGCGGGCGCGGAAUGUCGUAGACACCCAAUGUAUGUUUCAUUUAAUGAAGUAGGAUGGACAGAAUGGAUUGUGGCCCCCGUGGGUUACCAAGCCUUUUAUUGUGAUGGCAAAUGCCCAUUCCCAAUUUCAGACUAUUUGAACUCAACAAAUCAUGCUAUUGUUCAGACCCUUGUCAAUUCUGUGAUGCCCGACAGAAUACCUGAGGUAUGUUGUGUACCUACAGAACUUAGCUCGAUUUCAAUGCUUUAUCUCGAUGAGCAAAACAAAGUAGUCCUUAAAAAUUAUCAAGGAAUGGUUGUAAAAGCAUGUGGAUGCCGAUGACAAAAACUUUUUCUAAACAGUCCUCUGUCAUCAAACAUGUUGUCCUCAUUGACACACUAUUACUACUUGCUAUUUAUUUUGCAUACCGCUUCAGUAUUUUGGUGCAUUUUCUUUUCAAAAGCGGUCAUGUCUCCAAACUUUUAUAUCUUACCCCCCAAAAUUCUGGUUCCAUUGAAUUACCUGUGUAAGUGGUUACUUCUGUCCGUCCUAAUCAGUAGCAUUUGAAGUGCAGGGAUUUCUAUCAGCAGCUGUCUCUUUUUGUCAAACACAGAGGAACAGGAAAAACAAAAGUUUCAAAAUAAAAGAGAGAGAUGUUUGUGUAUACAAUGUUGAAGGAACAAUUAAUUAUUUUAUAAUUUUUUCAAAUAUGUUAAAAGAACAUUGACAUAAUUUUUGUAUAUUUUUAUUUAAGAAAAUCUAUCGACUCUUUGUUCCUGGAUGCAAAUGAAGAUUUGGUCAUAAUUAAGGUGGGGAGGGUUUUUGUUUUGUUUUUUAUUUUUUUUUUAUUAUUUUUUUUUCAAUCCAAAAUUUUCCAUAUAUAAAAACAUGAAAUCAGGAAAAACUAAGGAACUGAUGACAGUUUAUUGAUACUCAAAGCCUAACUUUGCCUUUUUCUUCUCACCGAAUUCUUGCUUUGUUAUUGUUAGUCCAAGUGAUUUCACAGGUGAUGAGAUGCAUAGAGAUGUUAUCCAUGUAGGUGACAUUUAAAAGCUCCAUGUAUGCUCUACUGCUUUUACUUUGCACCAUCUAUUGGGAUUAUAAAUGUUUGUUUAAAAGGAUAGGUGGUUAUGUGUGUGUGCAUGCGUGUGUGUGUGUGUGUGUGUGUGUGGUGUGUGUGUGUGUGCGUGCAUGCGUGUAUGCAUGUGUGUAUGUGUGUCUGGACAUCUAUCAAUGUGCUUGUGUACAUGUGAAAAAGCAGAAGUGAAUAUGUUAUGAUAUGAUACCAGUUAUGCAAAUAUAGAACAAUGGAAUAUUUCUUGCAGCCCUGCAUGUCUCCUCAAAUGAAAUAUUAUCAUCACUGGAGACUAUUAUACCAUAUACCAUACCCCCAACUGUAUAUCUCACAGUUGCUUUAGUAUCACUAUUUAUAAUCCUAUAUUACAACAUGACACCUCUGUGGUCCAUACAACAAUCUUUGAUCAUGGAAUUACCAUUGAUUUUGCAUUCAGUUAUCAGAAAUCCCAUGCUUUUAAUCCAAUCAACUCUGCAAUGCUCAACAAACAUUUUAUGUUGAGAUAUUUCUUAGCAAGCCAUCAAUAUUAUUAUUAUUAUUAAUUUUUCAGUGUUCUAAAUAUAGAUUUUGGUAAAAGAAAACUAUUUAUUUGAAAUAAAACUUUGUAAUUGUGUAUUUAUUAAAUGACAACAGCGAUCAGCUAAUUUUUUUGCCACAAUAUCCAGUUCUCACUAAUAAGCUAUACUCCAUGCUCGCAGUUAUUUCUUGACCUGGCUUGGAGUAAAAUUGACAACUCAUUUGUCUCAUGCACUUUGUGCUAGCAGAUAAUAUUACAUUUCAAUAAUUUGUAACCAAUUCCUGCUGCUACUUCCAUUUAAUGCUUGCUGCUCAUUAUCCACUUUCUGCAAGAAGCAGUCACGUGGAUACAUUUUUUUGUGUUCACAUCUACUGCAGGUGUUUUAUUAUGGAUGGUCAGUACACAGGACUACAUAACCUUCAAGUGAACUGGAGCACUUAAGAAUAUCUCCACCUGAAAAUUUAUUUUUCUUUACUCUGCUAAAAACCAUAAAAUCAAGACUAAGCUUGGAUCCUCAGCCUGAGACAUUCACAUUCACAUAUAAAAUACAAGGAGUUGCACCAAAUAACUAUGAAAGAAUUCUUCCUAAUUGCAGCUAAACAUCACACUUGGUCCCAGCUAGAAUUGACACUAAAUGUUUGAUACUAGUUACAAUCAUAUAACAAGUUGUCUUGGCUAGAAAUCCACCAGGUUCUUGCUCUGUCAUUUAUCUAAUUCCUUCAAAUAUCUCAACACUCUUUUACACUUAAAACAUUAUUCUCCCACAAAUUAUUUUAAGACAUAUUAUAUUCCUGGAAUUAAUUAUAUUUUAUAAUUACUUAUCCCUAUAAAUCUGGAUGGUUGACCUAACACAUUACCUGGUUUAAGAACUGGUCCUUGAACCAAUGAGUGGUCACUUGACCUGCUAGAAACAGUACCUAAAUCUCAUUUAAUCGUAUCCUACAAGGUUAAAAGGAGAAGAAUAUACUGAAUAAUGUAGUCCAACAUAUACUAUGUCUAAAAGAAAAAGGAGUAGUUACAGCUGGAAUAUCUCUCACAUUAUGUCUGCUAUUUUAUCAAGACAACCUGAGAGCUAUACAACAACAUUAACUGGUCCUUCACUGUAGCAAGCUAUCAGAGCAGACCUCCAGUUAACCUUUCUGUUCAUGUUUUUUCUGCAGAGAUUAAGUAUGAGCUGCUCAGUUCAGGCAUCAUGUACAUCAACCUCACUAGUUUGUUCAGAGAAUUCACAAAGGUCGUAUGCACUUUUAGUGUUUGGUAUAUCCAAGGGCAGUAACCCUUGGUGUCCUUUCCUCCACAUAACCUUCCAACUACAUCAGAGUUUAAACAAUCCUUAAAGUUCUUAUACAUAUUACAUGAAUUGUCUCGUGCAUGGCUGAAUGUAAUAACAAUAGCAAGGGAAAUUACACAGUUAAAUCACAGUAUUUUAGACGCAUUCUUAAUAUAUUAACGUUUGCAUAGUUUUAUAUGGUUUAGUGGAGAAUCAAGCCAAUACUGUUGGAAGAAACUAUUUUAAGAACAUCAAAACUUUUUUGAUUUUGGAAUUAAAUCUAAUUGCUGUAUUUGAUACAUUAAUCUAUUAGGUUUACUUUUUACUUGUUAUUUUAUAUAUAACACCUACCCCACUCCUUUCAUAGUGUCAUUUGAUCUGGUUUGUGCCCCCAUCACCCGGCCUUGUAACAAAGUGGUUACUGCUCUUCCGUUGACUAACUUAUAAUAAAAACAAUAAUAAUCCAGCCAUUA